AUGAAUACCUCACAAAACCUACAAUUCUCGCCUAUCCAGUCCUUUUUCGAAUCCUCCUUCUUCACAGCGCUUGCAUCCAAAAAACUCAAUGAAUUUAAGCUCGACUCAUCUCCCAAAAGCAUCAGUGCCUUUAUGACGGCAACAAAGCACUUGAACAAGUUCAACAAUCAGCCUAUCCUCAAUUUCGACUAUUCAAGCUUUGAGGAACAGACAUCAGAUGAAAGAAAUGUUCGCGUGGAUGGUGUUUUGCUCGACUUCAACACCAUUGAGGAGUUCAAGAACUUUAAUAAGCUAGAUUGUUUAAGGGAAUGGGGCCGUCAAUUGAAAACAGAGAUGGAGUCAGACAAUUGGCAUCCACAGUUUUACUUGCUAACUUACUCAGACUUGAAAAAAUACAAGUUUUAUUACUGGGUCGCUUAUCCAUUGUUGCAUUCACAAUGGGUGGUGACCAAAUCCUGUUCUAAUAAUGAAUACGAAUUGCUUAUUGAGGACUAUCUCAAAUCAAACGAGGCUUCUUUGUUACAAGUCCUGUCCAAUGACGAAUUGGUAGCUAGUGCUGAUUUUGAAUUAGGGAUGAGCGGCACAUUUGUGUAUGUUGACUCUUGUCUUGAUCCACAGUGUCGUCCACUGCUGCAAUUGAAAAAUUAUUUAUACUAUCUUGCUCUCAAAGGUUUCAAAAACAUUGAUUUGCUUGUCUAUAGAAAUGAUGGCAAAUCGCAUGGCUUCUCUUUAGAGCUAGACCAAGCCUUUGAUCCAGAAGCACCACCCAAAGUGACUGGUUGGGAAAAGACUGCGCAGCAAAAGUUGGGUCCUAAAAUGGCCGAUUUAGGAUCUUUGAUAGAUCCCAAGCAGUUGGCUGAACAAGCUGUUGAUCUAAAUUUAAGACUCAUGAAGUGGAGAUUGGCGCCUCAGCUUAACCUUGAUAUCAUCAAAGAUCAAAAAGUGCUUCUCCUUGGUGCUGGAACUCUUGGAAGCUAUGUUUCUAGGGCUCUUAUGGGUUGGGGCGUACGGAAAAUUACAUUUGUGGACAGUGGAAGAGUGUCCUACUCAAACCCGGUGAGACAACCACUAUUCAAUUUCCAGGAUUGUUACAGCGAUUCCAAUAAAGGCAGAUUGAAAGCAGAAAGAGCUAGCGAGGCCCUCAAAGAAGUAUUUCCAGGGGUUCAUUCCGAGGGCUUUCACCUUGAGGUACCAAUGAUUGGCCAUCCUGUGAGUGAUAGUGCAGAAGACAGCACGAAGAGAAGUUUCGAGAAGUUGAGAGACUUAUUCCAUGAACAUGAUGUCAUUUUCUUACUCAUGGAUUCUCGCGAGUCCAGAUGGCUUCCUACAGUCAUGGGCGUUGCAAUGAACAAGAUUGUUGUUAACGCGGCGCUUGGUUUUGACAGUUACCUUGUUCUUCGACACAGUCCAAAGGACUCACCUAAUCGCUUGGGUUGCUAUUUCUGCAAUGACAUUGUGGCUCCAACAGACUCGUUUGGUGAUUUGUCUCUAGAUCAAAUGUGCACAGUCACAAGACCUGGAGGAGCAUUGAUGGCAUCAUCCCUCUCAGUUGAGCUUCUCGUGUCAAUUCUUCAGCACCCUCUCGGCGCCAACGCCCCAAUUAAUGAUCCUUCGCGGUUCGGAGAUGUUCCACAUCAAAUAAGAGGAUACUUGAGCAAUUUUAGCCAGUCAAAGCUCAGCACACCAGCUUACCCUCACUGCUCGGCAUGUUCACAACCUGUAAUUGAAGCGUUUGAAGAGGAAGGAUGGGAAUUCGUGAAGAGGUGCUUAAACAGUCCUAAAUAUUUAGAAGAAGUAUCUGGUUUGCAAAAGAUACAAGAGGAGGCAGAGAAAAUGACGGAGACUCUUAUGAGCGAUCUAGACUUGAGUGAUGAUGAUUUUUGA